GAAGACUGUUUUAUGGAAGAAAACUGGAUCCAGGAAGGUUCCAUUCGUAGGUUUCUUCCUUUUUCUCAGCCCUUUUGCAUUGUUGUCUGACAUCAUAGUAGAAGGAAAAUGGAAAUGGCCUACGGGAAGGAAGGCAACAGCAGGGAUGAGGAGAUUAAAGGAGGCCACACCUGAAAGUCUGGUUCCCUUGACAGAUUUUGAGGAUCAGGUUGUUUGGGAAGGAUGCCGCUCCGGAGUGUUCAAUACCAAGUCCGUCAUGAAAGCUACAACGAGAGGAGAAGUAUCGUGGAGUAAGUUGGUUCGGGGGAAAGGCUAUGUUCCAAGAUAUGCUUUUAUCGUUUGGCUUUUAUGUAAAAAGAAGUUGCCUACAAUGGAUAGACUUCGAAAAUGUGGUGUAUCUCUGAUAUCUAACAUGUGUGUUUUUUGUCAAAGAGCAGAGGAAAGCAUGGAGCACCUAUAUUUCAACUGUUGCAUGACAAGACCUGUGUGGGCUAAGGUUCAGCAUAUGUGCCUGACCUUUAGGGGCUCAUGCUCCUGGGAUCAGAAUCUAGGUUGGCUUGCGGCACAUUUGAGGUCAAACUCCUUUGCAGACCAAUUGAGAAGAUUGUGCUUUGCUGCAACAGUGUAACAGAUAUGGAGAUUCAGGAAUGCUGUCAUUUUUCAGUCAAAAUCGGUUGAUUGUUCUAGAAUUCUAGAAGAUAUUGAGGAAGCAGUUAGACAUGCAACUAGUUUUUGGACAAGUUUUCCAAAAACUCAGGAAAACUGGUCUCUUGUGCUUGAGUAGGGGUCGGACUGGAAAUGCCUCGUGUAAUAGUAUAGCAGACAAGUAGUGCCUUGCAUGAUGGAGCAAGAUGUGGUAGUGGUUUUUCCUAUUUCCUCCUACCAUUGUGUACAAGCCUUAUUGCUUUGAUCAA